AUGUCAGUGAGGAAAGGAUUCUUGUGUUGCUGUCUAUUCCUGAUCCCCAGCCGGGAAACUGCUCGCUUCUAUCUGCUUGCUACACUCAUUCUUCUUUACAUGCUGGCUGGUGCAGCUUUAUUUUCGUCUUUGGAGAGACCUGCAGAGCUAAAGGCUCACCAGCUCUGGGAGAUGAGACUAAGAAUCUUCAGUAAGGAGCAUAAUAUUACCCGUGAAGCCCUGAAAUCCCUGUUGCGUCACUAUGAGGAAGCCAGGACUGCAGGCAUCCACACAAAACGAGACAGAGCCGUGUGGGACAUCCCAGGUGCUUUCUACUUUGUAGGAACUGUGGUCUCCACCAUUGGAUUUGGAGUGGCAGCACCAUCCACUACAGCUGGGAAGUUCCUGAUUGUUUUCUAUGGACUCCUGGGGUGUUCUGCAUCAAUACUCUUCUUCAAUCUCUUCCUGGAGAGAGUCAUUACGUUUCUUAGCUUCUGGAUGCUCUGGUUUCGCACAAGGAGGAGCAUACAGAGGGGACUGGAAAAUAGAUUGAGUGGAAAUUACAAAUGGAUAUCAUCUGUCUACCUUCUCACCCUAAUCCUUCUUUUUGCUGCUCUGCUGCUUGUGUGUGCAGCUGCCUCCCUGUAUUCUGCCAUGGAGGGGUGGUCAUAUUUGGAUUCCCUGUAUUUCUGCUUUGUAGCAUUUAGCACUGUGGGGUUUGGGGAUUUUGUAAGUGGUCAAAGGGCACACUAUGAGGGAACCUGGACAUAUAAAAUGGCCAACUGUCUCCUGAUGCUUCUGGGAGUUUGUUGCACUUACUCCCUUUUUAAUGCCUUUGCUGUGAUAAUCAAAAAAGUACUCAACUGGAUACUGAGUUCAGUAAACUCAAUCUAUAUUUUUGAGGAAAUGGAGGGUGAACCUAUGGUUGGGCCAGGGCAGAUAGAAGAUGACAUGGGGAAAUCAGAGCAAGAUGUGGAGUGUUUUUCUGUGCAGGAAAGUGAGGUGACGCGGGUCAGAGUGGAUCGUGCAUCAGAGAAGCAGGUGACCACAGAUCCGGCCGAGACGAAGCAACAUACGGUGAACUUCUACACGGACUUAUUCAGGGCUGAUGUCUGUGAUGCAGAGUCUACGGCGGCGCUUUUACUGGGGCUUCCUCGGCUGAGUCCAGAAGAUCAAGAGAUCUUGAACGAAGAUAUCUCUCUGGCUGAGCUGACUUCUGCCGUGGGUCAGAUGGCGUCAGUGGUUGAUGCCUGGCAGACGUUGAAGGUCACACGGACUCCUGACCCCAGGCCAGGGAUGUGGCUCUUUGAGAAGCCGCUGUUUUAUAAUGACUUUCUCAAUGUCACCACAUUUUCAUCAGCUACACUGAGAAAGAACAACGCGUACGAGUUUCCCUCACUGAGCGUCAGUCCUGCGGCUGUGGAGUGGCAGGAGGAGAGUGGACAUCUCCUUUCAUUGGCAACGCCAGUGUUGGGCAGUUUCAGCGCCUGUGGGAAGAAGCAGCUGUACCAUAUCAGCGUGAAGGUGCUGAACAUUCGCUCCCUCGCGGAAGUCAAGGAGUCGAGAUGGGGAGUCAUGAGGUGA